AUGGCUCAAGUGCCCCCGGGCUUCCCAUACAUUUUUGGUCCACCACCGUCAUGGCAUCCACCGCCGGCGCCGCGGCCAUAUCGUACGCCGCCGUCGCGAACGUCAAGAGAUGAGGGGUCCUCUCAAGGUGGCAUCAUCGCUGGCCUCGUCAUCGGCUUCAUCGCCUCCUUGUUCCUCUUCGCUAUAGUUUGCAGCAUCUGCAAGGGGCAACGCAGCAGCCGCGCUCGGGCUCGCACCGUGGCAGCAGCGGCAGCCGCUGCCGCCACGGUCCCUCGUCCGUGGCCAACGAUUGAACAAAGCAGGGACGACGACGACGAUGACGAACGGCAGCGCCGCAGGGACAGCACAGUGGCCCGGCUGCCGGCGUUCACGUACAGCCCGUCCGUGAAGCACAACGUGACAGGCGCCGGUGAGGAGGCCGCGACAUGCUCCGUGUGCCUGGGCGCGUUCCAGCUCGAGGAGACGGUGCGGCUGCUUCCCGUGUGCCUGCACCUGUACCACGUGGAGUGCAUCGACCCGUGGCUGGACGCGCACUCGACGUGCCCGCUUUGCCGUUCGGACACCGACCCGGCCAUGGACGUCCCGGGCCGGCUGCCGCCUGUUUAGGCUUUUUUUUUGUCCCUGCGAGACAGCCAGACAGGAGAGAAACCGGGAUCUUUCCGACCUGGUAUCUUGGGAUACCCUGGAGGUGGGUAAAUAGGGCGGCAUAGCUUUGGCAUAGUAUCACCGUAGAGAUUUUCUUUUUCUUUUGCGCAAAUCACCGUAGAGAUUCCGCAAGUGUAGCUGCAGAGGAUUCACACAAAAAAAACCUGAGUAAA